AUGGAGAGAAUGUCAUCAGAUUUGAAUGUACAGAAGAUUCAGUUUAAGAACAUGACUGAAGUCACCAUGUUUAUACUGCUAGGCUUCACAGAUGAUUUUGAAGUGCAAGUCUUCUUAUUUUUACUUUUUUCUGCCAUCUAUAUUUUCACUCUGGUGGGAAACUUGGGACUUGUUGUGUUAGUUGUUGGAGAUUCCCGACUCCACAACCCCAUGUACUACUUUCUGAGUGUUUUGUCCUUCUUGGAUGCCUGCUAUACAACAGUUGUCACUCCCAAAAUGUUGGUCAAUUUCCUGAAAGAAAAUAAAUCCAUUUCCUUUUUUGGAUGUGCAGUACAGAUGCUGCUCUUUGUUACUUUAGGGACCACAGAAUGCUUUCUGCUGGCUGCAAUGGCUUAUGACCGCUACGUAGCCAUCUACAACCCACUUCUGUACACAGUGAGCAUGUCUCCCAGAGUCUACGUGACACUCAUCAUGGCAUCCUACACUGGUGGAAUUCUGCAUGGUACUGUGCACACAGUGGCCACUUUCAGCCUGUCCUUCUGUGACUCCAAUGAAAUCAGACAUGUCUUCUGUGACAUUCCUGCAUUGCUUGCUCUUUCUUGUUCUGAUACGCACACAAAUGAGCUUCUGAUCUUGUACUUGGUGGGUUUGAUUGAGAUCAUCACCAUACUGAUUGUUCUAGUCUCCUAUGGUUUCAUCCUAUUUGCUAUUUUGAAUAUGCGCUCUGCUGAAGGGAGGAGGAAAGUCUUCUCUACCUGUGGCUCUCACCUCACUGGAGUGUCCAUUUAUCAUGGGACAAUCCUCUUCAGUUAUAUGAGACCAAGUUCCAGUUAUGCUUCAAAACACGACAUGGUUGUGUCAAUAUUCUACACCAUUGUGAUUCCCAUGCUGAAUCCCAUCAUCUACAGUCUGAGGAACAAAGAUGUGAAAGAGGCAAUGAAAAAACUAUUGAGAGAAUGUGGUUCAUAA